AAUUGGGUCGUAAGCAAAACAAUCGCUUUAAACGAAUUGAGAAUAUGCAUAGAGGCAAGAUGCAAAGAAAAAUCUGUUUCUCCAAUUCGAACGAAACACUUGUUUGAUUUACAUUAACAACUGUUACCGACAAACAAUCCACAGUCUACGCUUUACCGUACCUGGUGCCUUAAAUCCUCUUGUGCCAUAAAUACGUAGGAAAAUGUAGGAGUUUACCGUAAGUGUCUCAAAAUUAAAAUGCAAUCAGUGAUGGUGAUCGUCGGUACUGUGUUUUUGGCAUUGUGCUUUACGAAUGUGCUUGCUAGUGACCGUCUCGUGGUGAACAAAACUGUAGAAAGAAAUGGAAAAUCAAACAAAAUUACACAGCAGUCCAAGGCUGGUUUUUUGCGCAUUGUUAAUGGAAAGAAUGCAAAUAUAGCAUCGUACCCCUACAUAGUGCGUUUGCGUGUGAAUAGCGCGGGUGUUUGUGGUGCUAGUAUUAUAACAUACACGCAUGUUUUUACUGCUGCUCACUGUCUGUACAAGAAUCAGAACCCUGCUUCGAUCACGUUGUACGGAGGCAGUACGUCGCAGACUAGUGGUGGUGUCGUGUUUUUCGCUAGCAAAGUCAUAAUCCAUCCGUACUACAACCCAGAAACACAUAAUUACGACGCGGGGAUAGUACAAAUAAAAAAUUCCUUCCAAGGAUACAAAAAUAUUGCUCCAAUUGCUCUCCAAGAUGCGGAAGUUCCUAGUGAUACUACAUGCUACGCGGCAGGAUGGGGUUAUAACAACUAUGACCGAAAAACCUCUCCAGACAAUCUGCAAUAUGCCACUCUGCAAGUAAUAUCACCACAACAAUGCUCAGCAGCAUGGAGUAGCUAUGCUACACCACAAUUUAUUUGUGCCCAGCAAAACAAUAAUGGUGAUGUAUGCAACGGUGAUAGUGGAGGACCAUUCGUUUGUAACGACAAGCUAACGGGUGCCACCUCGUAUGGUGGUGUAGCUUGCCGUGGCAAGUUACCUUCUGCGUUUACGAAAGUUUUUGCUCCAGCCAUUCGUGAAUUCAUUCGUAACAUUGCGGGAAUUUAAAUUAUAGUCUGCUCCCGAGUGACGCGGUUUGUGCGUUCCCGAGGAAUCCGCCUAACUCGAAUAUCAGCGUAAGUCGAGUUUUGGGGUUUCGGCCAAAAUACAAUUGAUAACUCGAUAAUUUUUAUUUAAUUUAGUACUUCGCUUGAUCUGUCAAAUUUAGAAAACUGUGUAUCUCCGAAUCCGCGUAAGUCGGGAACUGCGCUACUCGGGAACAGACUGUAUAAUGAAAUGUUAAUGAGUACGUCAGUUGAAAAUAGUUUUACAUGACGAACAUUUUCAAUAAAACUCGUCAGAGAUUGGUUUUACUUAUGCUGCUUCACUUGAA